AAACCAAACCAUUACAGGCUUUGCAGCCGACUGGGCGGAGAGAGAAUCGGACGGGCGCACGGAGGCAGAGCCGCCGCGGAGGAUGGCGACACCGAUGGCCGGGGAGGGGCCGAUCGCGCACGCGGCAAUACUGCCGCGCUCUCCUCCUCUCCCGACGGCCGCGGGGGUGUCGGCGGCCGAGGCGCCAGUGCUCAUCUUCGUCUACUUCCACAAGGCGAUCCGCGCGGAGCUGGAGAGGAUGCGCGCCGCGGCGGUGCUGCUCGCGACGGAGCGCGCGGGGGACGUGGCGGCGCUCGAGGCGCGCUGCCGCUUCCUCUUCUCAAUCUACAGGCACCACUGCGACGCCGAGGACGCGGUUAUCUUUCCAGCACUGGAUAUUCGAGUGAAAAAUGUAGCAGGGACAUAUUCUCUUGAACACAAAGGGGAAAAUGAUCUCUUUGCACAUCUAUUCGCUCUGCUACAGCUAGAUGUGCAGAAUGAUGAUGGUAUUCGGAGGGAGCUUGCAUCCUGUACUGGAGCAAUUCAAACGUUUCUAACCCAACAUAUGUCCAAGGAAGAAGAACAGGUCUUCCCAUUGCUCAUCAAGAAGUUUUCACACGAAGAGCAAGCUGGUUUAGUUUGGCAGUUCUUAUGCAGCAUCCCUGUAAAUAUGAUGGCAGAGUUCCUUCCAUGGCUUUCAGCUUCUGUUUCACCUGAUGAGAACCAAGAUAUUCUUGACUGCCUACGUAAAAUAGUUCCUGAAGAGAAACUUCUCCAAGAGAUUAUAUUCUCAUGGAUUGAAGGUAAAUCAUUCAGAACAAUAACACAAGAUUUCUGCAGUCCUUGUUCAAAAAGCAGUUUCAGAUAUGAGUGUAGCUCUGAUCAAUCAGAUAAGCAUGUAUGCUCACUUGAGCAUUCUAAAGUUGGAAAGAGGAAGUGCUCAGAAUCUAGUCAUAGUCAGCUUGCCGUGCAUCCAAUUGAUGAGAUUCUGUAUUGGCACAAUGCUAUUCGGAGCGAACUCAGUGAUAUAGCAGAAGAGACAAGGAGGAUCCAGCAGUCUGGAUUUUUCUCUGGCAUAUCAGCCUUUAAUACGAGGCUGCAAUUUAUUGCAGAUGUGUGCAUUUUCCACAGUAUUGCCGAGGAUCAAGUUAUAUUCCCUGCAGUGGAUGGUGAAUUGUCCUUUGUGCAGGAGCAUGCUGAAGAAGAGCGACGGUUUAAUAAAUUUAGAUGUUUAAUUGAACAAGUUCAAAAAGCAGGAGCCAGAUCAACUGCAGUGGAUUUUUACUCUGAGUUAUGUGCACAAGCUGACCAGAUAAUGCAGAAAAUCGAGAGACACUUCAAUGAUGAGGAAACAAAGGUACUUCCUGAAGCUAGAAUAAAUUUCUCACCUGAGAAACAAAGGGAACUUUUAUAUAGGAGUCUAUGUGUCAUGCCAUUGAAGCUACUGGAACGUGUUUUACCAUGGUUCACAGCCAAGCUGAGGGAUGAAGAUGCGGUGUCUUUUCUUCAGAAUAUGCGAUUGGCAGCUCCUUCCUCUGAAACUGCAUUGGUCACCCUUCUCUCCGGCUGGGCAUGCAAAGGUCGUUUGGAGGACACAUCCAACCCUGGAAAGUUUAUAUGCUUGACAUCAGGAGCAAUGAGCCCCGCAUUGGAUGGAAAUGAGUUCAAAAAAUGUUUGUCAUUCUGUCCAUGUUCUAUAGGUUACAAUGGAGAUUUUUCUAGGCCAGUCAAGCGAGCAAGUCGUGCAGAAUCUAGUACCAAUAUUAACAGAAAUCACUGCUUGCAAAGUGCUGACAUUGAAGAAUCUCCAUGCAACAACAGACCCUGUUGCAUUCCCAGGUUAAGAGUAGAAAGUAGCUACCUCUGUGUUAAUUCAUUUGCCUCUACAAAGUCCUUCCGCUCUCUGCCUUACAACUAUUCUGCACCUUCAUUAUAUUCAAGCCUUUUUUCAUGGGAGACAGAUGCAUCGUUUUCUGGCCCAGAUAACAUUUCUAGGCCGAUUGACACCAUAUUCAAGUUUCAUAAGGCAAUUCGCAAGGAUUUAGAGUUUUUAGAUGUUGAGUCUGGAAAGCUUAUCGAUGAGAAUGAAUCUUGCCUUCGCCAAUUCAUUGGAAGGUUUCAUUUACUGUGGGGUCUUUAUAGAGCGCACAGCAAUGCUGAAGAUGAGACUGUAUUUCCUGCUCUUGAAUCGAAGGAGACAUUGCACAAUGUCAGCCACUCAUACACUCUUGAUCACAAGCAGGAAGAAGAAUUGUUUCAAGAUAUAUCCACUGUCCUAUCUGAGAUUUCACAACUACAUGAUGCUUUGGGCCAACCCCUUGAUGUUGAAGCUGUCAGAAAGCGUAAUGAACUUUUGACACAGCUUCAAGGAUUGUGCAAGUCUAUUCGGGUCACCUUGUCUAAUCACGUUCACAGAGAAGAACUUGAGUUGUGGCCAUUGUUUGAUAAACAUUUUUCUGUAGAGGAGCAGGAUAAGAUUAUUGGUCGUAUAAUAGGAACAACAGGUGCUGAGGUUCUGCAGUCAAUGUUACCUUGGGUUACAUCGGCACUUAGCCUUGAGGAACAGAACAAAAUGCUGGAUACAUGGAAGCAAGCGACUAAGAAUACAAUGUUCGAUGAAUGGCUAAAUGAAUGGUGGAAGGGACCUUUAACUUCAUCAGACCCAUCAGGCAAGGCUGCUCCUCCAGAAGAAAGUCAUUUUCAGGAGAAUCUUGAACAGUGCGACCAGAUGUUUAGGCCUGGCUGGAAGGACAUCUUCCGAAUGAAUCAGAGUGAGCUCGAGGCUGAGAUACGAAAGGUAUCUCGAGAUUCUACACUAGAUCCAAGGAGGAAGGCCUAUCUGAUCCAAAAUCUCAUGACCAGCCGCUGGAUAGCUGCUCAGCAGAAAUCACAACCAAGUGCAGAAGAUCAUAACAGAUGUACAGGAAUACCUGGAUGUGUUCCUUCAUAUCGAGAUCCAGAGAAACAAAUAUUUGGUUGUGAGCACUACAAACGAAACUGCAAGCUUGUUGCUGUAUGCUGCAAUAAGCUAUUCACAUGCAGAUUCUGCCAUGAUAAAGCUAGUGACCAUACAAUGGAAAGGAAAGCAACGGUGGAGAUGAUGUGCAUGCUAUGCCUGAAUGUUCAACCAGUUGGUCCAACUUGCCAAACUCCUUCUUGCAAUGGGCUAUCUAUGGCAAAGUAUUAUUGUAGCAUAUGCAAGUUUUUUGACGAUGAAAGGAGUGUCUAUCAUUGUCCUUUUUGUAAUUUGUGUCGUCUUGGGAACGGAUUGGGUGCUGAUUUCUUCCAUUGCAUGAAGUGCAACUGUUGCCUUGGCAUGAAAUUGAUAGAACAUAAAUGCCGAGAAAAGAUGCUAGAGAUGAAUUGUCCAAUCUGCUGCGACUUCCUAUUUACAUCAAGUGCAGCAGUUAAAGGUCUUCCUUGUGGCCAUUUCAUGCAUUCAGCUUGCUUUCAGGCAUAUACUUGUACUCACUACACUUGUCCAAUCUGCUCCAAAUCUUUGGGUGAUAUGACGGUGUAUUUUGGCAUGCUUGAUGGUUUGCUGGCUGCAGAACAGCUUCCUGAGGAAUACCGGGACCGUUGUCAGGACAUACUUUGUAACGACUGUGAGAGAAAAGGUAGAUCUCGUUUCCAUUGGCUGUACCACAAAUGUGGCUUCUGUGGUUCGUAUAACACCAGAGUCAUCAAGACUGACACGGCAGAGUGUUCUACAUCAAAUUAACCAGGCGAGAUUUAUUUGCUCGUCUUUUUGUGCGAUUCAUUGUUGUAAAUAUAUUUAUGUCAACGAGAGGGAAACCUUGUGUUCGUAGCUUUGAUAAAUAAGUCAUUCAUUUCAUAGCCA